GCUGCACAUUCAUUUUCAGGACAAAACAAAACCGAUGAUGCUGAUGAUGACGACUGGUGGUUGCGGCAGUGCUGACGCGAGGCGCGUCGCGCUGCUGACGGCGGUGCUGAUGGCGGUGGUGUUGGCGGUGGCAGCGCCCUUCUUGGCUUCGGUGGCAGCAGCGACUACAGGCAGCGGAAGCGGAGCGCAUGGUGGUGGCAACCACGAACGUGCCAAGUACCGCAAAGAGGCGCAGGAGCAAGCCGUCCCCGAGAAAUGCCCACCGCUGUUGCAGCCGGAGAACAUUGGGUUUCUGGUCAUCAACCUGGACCGGUCGCCGAAGCGGCUGGAGCGUAUGCGAAAGCAGUUCGACGACCUUGAACUCCCGCAGUUUGAGCGCGUACCUGGCGUGGAAUACGACCCGACAAAGGAGUACCGCGUCGCGCGCGGGUCCAAGUACCUGAAGCCCGCGGAUUACGGCACCGCGCUGGCACACUACGAGGCCUGGAGGCAUGCCUACAGGAGCAAGCACCGCUGGAACGUCAUUAUGGAGGAUGAUGCAGAACUGCUGCCAAAUGUCAGUCUGACGGGCCCUUGGCCAAAGGUGCCCAAGGACGCGGACUUAGUCCUCCUUCGAAAAAGCUCUAUGUUUGAGACAUCCCCCAUCUGCAAAGACACGUCCGUUCUGAAAGCGGACUGGGGUUUUGGCAUGGUGGCCUAUCUCGUGAGUCGUGCUGGUGCUGGGCGCAUGAUUCGCGAGGCAGAGCGUGUUGGCUUCAGGAGCCCCAUCGACGGCCACAUCUGGUACCACAGUCGCGUGUACGUCACGGGCGAAGACUGGAUCACCCAUCCGCCCUGCGCCAGCCCUUGCCCCACCUCCAUCCGCACGUAUCUCAACGGGGAAAUCGAGCAUGAGCCAGACUAGGGGCAGCAUCACAUUGCAUGGACUUCUCUCCCCCUGUUUCUCCCUCUGUGUGUUUCUCUACUGCUGUUGUUUCCCGGUUCAGUUGGCUGACUGUGUCGUGAUGUGUGUCCCACGCAUGAUAACGACAAUUCUGAAUGAAAGCAGGCACAUGCACUGUUCACUUGCCCCACAAAAACACCCUGUCUGUCACCUUCAUUCUGUACUCAGCACCAAGACACAACAGCAGCGCACACCAAAACUGAGAGAACGCUGGCAAAGCAAACCCAUCAGCG